AUGAAGCUCCAGUCAGCAAAAUCCAAGGUUCACCUCUCGCUUGACAUUUGGACAAGCACGACGGAAAGCUCUCCUUGCACUUCGGCCUGUGGCGAACCAUUCCGGGAGGAGCAAUUCGUUACACUUCUUCCCAUCUUGCGGGACUUUGUGAGCACGUAUCUCAAGGAAGAGGGCGUCAAAUGGGAUCCUGAAGUUCACCGCCUCCGAUGCCUAGGCCACGUUAUCAACUUGGCAGUUCAAGCUUUCCUGUUCCAGAAUUCUAUUGACUUGAAAGAGGGCGAAAUAUGCGAAGACGCAGAUGACCUGGCAAAGUUCAAAGGCAGCGCACCGAAUUUCGCCGCCUUGGACCACUUGCUAUCGCACAACAUACAUCCAGGCAAAUUGGAAGAAGAAGUGGCAAAACCUGCGUUCAAACAGGUCAAAGACCUUUGGCUCACAUACCGAGACACUGUGGAUGGCGCCCUCUCGCAACAUUUACUAGAUGACGAUGAUGACGAGGACCUUGACGCGUUUGAUCGCAUUUCAAGGAACCUGCAGAAUUGCACUCGACCGUCAAGCCAGGACGAGUACGAAGAUUACAUUUCAUGUGAUCCGUACGACAUUACGCCGACGACGGCCUUGUCAUGGUGGCUUCAAGAGCAACAGAGAAAACGAUGGCACAAGCUAUCACAAAUGGCCAUAGACAUCCUAUCAAUGCCGGCGAUGAGUGAUGAACCUGAGCGGGUGUUCUCAGGGCGCGUCGCACAAUCUCAUGGGAAAGAGCCCAAUUGGACGCGAAACAAGUCGAAAAGGGAGAAUGCUUAA